AUGAACAUUCCGAGUAACGACUUGGGUAACUUCCACGCGAUAUCCAAAUUUGGUCGUUGGGAGAUGGCGAUCCUUAUGGCCCGCCCGGCUCUCCGAGUGGAGGAAAACCUCUGUGUAACGGCCCAGAUCACGCUUAGAAACGGGCCUGGGGCCCUCGACCGAUUUAGAUGGACACCGAUCAGUCCGGGUGUUGUCAGCGGUGAGCGUCUCGACCCCCACUGUCGGAACCACGCCAGCAACAUUAUUCAACAGAAGAGGAAUGACGUUCACUGGGAGAGUGAUCAAAUGGUCGGUCUUCCGUCAGACAGUGCACAUGACUAA